GUACAGUUCUCCUCGCCUGCUGUCCCCAACGCGUUUGACUUUGCAUGUCGUUACGCAGUCGAAGCAUAGCAACUGAAGGCUGCCCACCUGCAGGGCCCCUCCACCGUCAUAGGCUAAGCUCCUCUCACGAGCAAAGCGGGGCAGGGCCAUGGUCAACGAAGACACGGCGCAGAACAGCAGUUCGUCUGCAAGCCCCAGGAGCCCAAUUCACGCCACUCAUUCACCCGAUUCGAGUCGUCGCCGGCGUGACCCUAUUCGACCUCCUCUUGCGAUCCAUACGAUAGCCAGUGUCGUCGUAUUGCUAGCGCUGCUUGUCCAGUUCUUUGCACCCCACUUCCCUCACGCGAUCCCACAAUUCUUCACCCAGCACCACCUUUGGCGUGUCCCUUCCCCAGGCAUCACGUUCCGCAAUCCCGUCCUCUUCCAACAAGAUCCUCCAACCUGUCCGAAGCCUCAACAACACGUCGAGUUCGUCGGAACCUUCAACACCAGACCUGAGCGCAGCAUGGUCCUCGCCGAGCAAGCAAAGCGCGUCGCCGCGGAGUUCGACUUCAGCAAAGAUGCUGUCAACAAGGCCGUCCAGGAGUUUAGGCGCGAGAUGGAUGAGGGCCUACAGAAGGAGGGCACUGAGCUGAGCCAGAUCCCUACCUACGUCACUGCAGUUCCGAAUGGCACUGAAAAGGGCCUCUACAUGGCCGUCGACUUGGGUGGCACCAACUUCCGCGUCUGCUCCAUCCAGCUGCAUGGAAACACCACCUUCUCUCUCACCCAGAGCAAAGUUGCCAUCCCGCGCGAGCUCAUGGUAGCGAAGACCUCGAAAGAGCUCUUCUCCUUCCUCGCAAAGCAGAUCGAAAACUUCCUCAAGGAGCACCACGAGGAGCACUAUGCUAGCACACUGCAGCGCCGAAAGCAUGGAGGGGCCAGCCCGGAGCAAGAAGAAAUCUUCAACCUGGGCUUCACCUUCUCAUUCCCUGUACACCAAAUUGGCAUCAACAAGGGCAUGCUGAUGCGCUGGACCAAGGGCUUCGAUAUUCAGGACGCUGUUGGCAAAGACGUUUGUGCUCUGCUUCAGGCUGAGAUUGACGAACUACAUCUUCCUGUGAAGGUCGCUGCCUUGGUCAACGACACGGUAGGAACGCUCAUGGCGCGCUCAUACACUUCCCCUGGCAAGACUGGUACCUUGCUCGGCGGCAUUUUCGGAACUGGUACCAACGGCGCCUAUGUAGAGAAGCUAGAGAAGGUCACAAAGCUCACAAAGAACAAAGAUGCCGGCGAGUACGACCAUUCGACUGGCGAAAUGAUUGUCAACACUGAAUGGGGCUCGUUCGACAACUCUCUCCGUACACUGCCAAACACCCCUUACGAUGUCGAGCUCGACGAGAAGUCGGUAAACCCCGGCAUCCAGAUGUUCGAGAAGCGAGUGUCAGGAAUGUUCUUGGGAGAGCUCCUCCGCCUCGCCCUCGUUAAGCUCGUCAAAGACCCCUCUAUCCCCCUGUUCAAGGACGAGAACUCCUCGUCAAACGACGUGCACAGCACAACCCAGAUCCAAAAUAGCAGCCCCAUAUGGCAGCAAUGGGGCAUCGACACCAGCUUCCUCAGCGUGUGCGCUGGCGACAGCAGCCCAGGCCUCCGUAUGCUACGACAGACAUUGGAUAAAGACUACGACAUCUCAGCCGUCAGCGCUGAAGAUGCAGAAGCCGUCCGCGACAUUGCCGCAGCCAUCGGCCGCCGCGCAGCGCGGCUUGCCGCCGUCGCCAUCGCUGGCGUCAUCAUCAAUACGGGCCGUCUCUCCACUUCCUCCACCGGCACUGCCACCACGGAAAGCAAAGCAGGUGUCAAUCCCCCGCGCGGAAACGUCGAAGUCAAAGAAGAGGAUGUCAUUGACAUUGGUGUUGAUGGAAGUCUGGUCGAGUUUUACCCCAAUUUCGAAGAACAUAUCCGUCAGGCGCUGCGGGAGGUGCCAGAGAUUGGGGAUCAUGGAGAGAAGAGGGUCAGGAUUGGUAUCGCGAAGGACGGGUCUGGUGUAGGAGCCGCACUGAUUGCGCUUGUCGCUGGAAAGGUAGCGGCGCCAGAGGAGUGAUGUACUGCUCUCAUGGAGAGUGGGCGGAGAGUGAGAAAACAUAUGAGACAGGAAUCUCCUAAAUGGGAUGUUUUGCAUAUGCAGUUGAAGCUAGCAUUUCCAAAAUAAAAUAAAAUAUAUAUUCU